AAGAAGGAGAGACGACCAUCUUGCAACUAGAAAAGGAUUUGCGCACUCAGGUGGAACUGAUGCGAAAACAGAAAAGGGAGAGAAAACAGGAACUGAAAUUACUUCAAGAACAAGAUCAGGAACUGUGUGAAAUUCUUUGCAUGCCCCACUAUGACAUUGACAGUGCCUCAGUUCCUAGCUUGGAUGCGCUGAGCCAGUUCAGACAGCACGUGGCAACUUUGAGGGAAACAAAGGCAUCUAGGCACGAGGAGUUUGUCAACAUAAAGAGGCAGAUCAUACUGUGUAUGGAAGAAUUAGAUCACGUCCCACAUACCAGCUUUGAAAGAGAUGUGAUGUGUGAAGAUGAAGAUGCCUUUUGUUUAUCUUUGGAGAAUAUUGCAACACUACAAAAGUUGCUACGACAGGUAAUGUCUACCCAGAUUAGGGCCUGGGAUCUCCGUGGUAUGUAGCAGUUUGAAAAAACUGAGUUUUUUU